AUGAAGCUGGAUACGUAUCGGUCAACGAUGUCGUACACGAUUCACUCACCGCAUGAGGUGGCCACAAACGACCUGCUGUACACCGCCGUGGAAGAAUCCGACGAGCUAGUGGCCAUGUACAAUAUUUUGGAGACGGUGUCCACCGAGCGCCUCAAGGAUCUGACGGUACAGCAGCGUAAUUGUUUCUUUUACGACGAACGCUACGAACAGCUACCGCUUUACAGUCGCAAUCUGUGCCUCAUGAACUGCCGGGCGAAGCGUGCCCAAGCGCUGUGCCGCUGUCGGCCACACUUCUAUCCGUUCGCCGAAGGGCCACAGUGCACGGUGCUGGGACUCCACUGCCUCCAGCGGCAUCCCGAGUGGUACAGCAGCGUAGUUGGCUGCAACUGUCUGAAGACUUGCAACGACGUCGGCUACUACGUCACAUCGCUCAGCAAAACGCAGUGGACCGCCGAAGGAGGCAUUCCGUUCACGCACAAGGCCUCGCUGCGCUGGGAAAUUCUGCAGCCCAAAACCCGGCUCCGGCGGGUGCUGAUGUUUAGCUACGAAGAUUUGCUCGUGUCGUUCGGCGGAGCCGUGUCGUUGUUUGUAGGAAAAAAUGGAUUCGCUCUCUCAAAGUUGGUCGAAUUUUUCGUCAUCGCACUGUACGGUUGGCUGUGGCGGAAGGUUCGGGCGACGUGA